UCUCUCUUCUAAGAAUCUCUCUCUAAGAUAAUAUUAAUUACAUAUGGCUCCUAAAAACGUAGAAAGGAAAUUGGAGAAGAAGAAGGAAUACAAUAAAGGAGCAUGGACUUCCGAGGAGGAUAAAAAGCUUUCUCAAUACACUCAGAUCCAUGGCGCAAAAAGAUGGAAUACAGUGGCCAUCAAUUCAGGUGUAAAUCGGUGUGGAAAGAGUUGUCGAUUGAGGUGGUUAAAUUAUUUGAGACCCAAUAUUAAAAGAGGCAAUAUCUCGGAGGAUGAAGAAGAUUUGAUAAUCAGACUUCACAAACUUUUGGGAAACAGAUGGGUAUUGAUUGCUGGACGACUCCCAGGUCGAACAGAUAAUGAGAUAAAAAAUUAUUGGAAUUCUCAUUUGAGUAAGAGAGUAAUUAAAAAUACAACAGUUAAAAAUCAUGUUGCUCAAGAGCCGAUCAAAGAGCAACAAAAAUUAAUCCCUAAUGUUCAGACGCAAAGAGAAUUGAGUCAAUCGAGAACACAUGAAGAUACAAAUAAUGACACCAUCAUUCCCUUUGAUCCCAACGAUUUUCUCGAUUUCUCUUUGGAAGGAACUUUUGAUUUAGAAUGGGUGAACAAUUUUAUUAAGUUAGACAAUGUAGAUAUUGACAAGUUAAUUUAAUUGUCUAUUUGUUUUUGUUU